CGGGUCCAACUGCAAGUUAAAACACUGCAAGAUAUGUCUGAGACAAAGCCUUAUGGGUACAUAUUUUAUAUUUCUUUUCAGAAAAGGCAUGUUCAUAUUUAUGGGGUAAGGGAGGUUCAUUCAUUACGAAAAUCUGGAAUUUCCCGGCUUUUAUUUUCUGAUUUUGCACCAUAAAAGUCAAAAUUUACCGUUGACUACAAAUGUCUUUAUUCUUUUUACUUUUUUUCAGGUAAAGUUAAUGAAGAAAUAGUGAUGUCGAAUUUCAAAAUAUUCAAGCCACAUUUCCUGGCUCUACCACUGAUCGCAGCUUCAACGGUUUCCGCUUUUAUUACGGAACACCAGCACGGCACUGUAAAUACACACAGUCGGCGGGUGCAGCAUCAUAGAAACAGGAUGAGUCAAUGUGACACUGAACUUGGGCUGGUUCGGUGCCCACCUUUUUCGAGUUAGAGCAAAACAUUCCAGCCGCAAGACCGGCCUUGAUUCCUAACUGACACAGACCGGGAAUUGGACACGGAUAUCGGGGUGUCGCCUUUAUGGUGCAUUAUCACUAGGUGUGGUUUCCCACAGAGGGAAAAAUGUCAAUUAAGUAUCUUGGCUAAGUACACCAAACCAGGACAUUACAAUUGAUCUGUCGUCUACACAUAAUAUACUGCAACAUGUGAUCAAAAGUAGAAACUUCUGCUAGAGAAAGGAGGCGUCACUGCAUUGUGUUUGGGAUAUGUAGUUUUAGCCAUGGUUAAAAUGUCUUAAUGAGACACGUUACCUUGAUAGGAACUUUCUUACAUUCUAACAAAAAUGGACAGCUGGUCUUUGUUCGAGAAGUUGAUAUGUCGCAUGACGUUGUUCAAACGCCCACAUUUUACACCUUGCUCAUUAACCACAAGUUGAGGCAACGUCGUUGCAACGACGCUGUCUGACAUUUGAAAGAAAUUUUUAAAAUUUCCUCUUUUAUCUGUUCAUCCGUAGUUUGAUGGAAAAUACUACGAAACUGCGAGGAAAUAUGUAAGUUUUAUUGGAACGAAAAGCCAUUGAGAUGUUACAGAGAUAAAGUUUCUCAAUUUAUCUCAAUAAAAAGAAGGGGCACCUCGGAUGGAAAAAUUAUCUGGCAAAAUCAAAUGCCUAUUUUGUUUACAUUUGCAUGCACAAGAUUUCUGAAAUUUUCCCUUAUCUUUUAAAAAUUGGUUGUAAUUUUUCCAUUCAGCCGAUGAAAAAAAUUGACAUUAAUAGAUUUUCGUGUGGGCAGUCCUCAGUGUGAAAAUUCCUCUCCCUGUCUGUCACAGAAUAUCUUCUCAAUAUCACAGUAACUUCAGAAGUCAUUCAGACUAUUACUAACACUAUAAACAGCGAGCCCAGGUACUUACUGGUGCAUGACGCGUGCCAUCAUGCAUCGCCGUCGGCUGACACACACAAAGGCCCCGCCCACAGCACUCAAACUGUGAUCCAAUCAGCACGCAGAAUGAUAAUCGCAAACAGUAGAAAAAAAUCUGAAAGACUCGACAACUCGUUAUUUACGGUGCACGGCAGAAGGCAUGGACGGCGACAUGAAACCUCCGAAGUGCACGCACACGCAUAGCGCGAGAGAAAUCCUGCUCCAUAAAAACCCCGGCGUGCCCGAUGACUAAAGUCCGCUGCACUGGCAGUAAAAAUGACAUGUGGAGAGGGACCGACGCAACACCGCGAGUAGGCCUACCUACUCCGCACCGGUGCAACAGGGCUGUGGUCGAAUCCUACGGCGGGAACGGACGCGUGCUGCACUGUUCGUCCGAACACUUUUUCCGGCGGGAUUCGAUUCUUACUGAUUCACAAAAUCUGGAUGCUUGGAGACAGUUUUUAUUCUUUUCAAGCAGACCCACGGGACAAGUUGUAAUAUGACGACGUGGUGGGUUUGUACCGCUGCCCCACCAUGAACUGGUACCCUCUUCGGCUGCUUUCUUUGUACUACUGGCUGGUACCCGGUCUGAUCUUCGUGACUUUGUUGCGGCUACCAGUCGCCAACGGAUAUUUUGGACUCACCUCAAACACGCAACUGGCUGGGAUGCGUGGAUUUGACCAGUGCUCCCAUCACCUCACCAAGCGGCAACGGAAGAUGUGCGGCCGGGACUCGGGCAUGGCCGCCGUCCUGCGGGACGCGCUGGAGCUGAGCAUCUCGGAGUGUCAGGAACGCUUCCGGAACGAGCGCUGGAACUGCAGCAUCCAGAACACGGCGCAGAGGGUCAACCUGCUGAAAAGGGGGAUGAGAGAGACAGCCUUCUUGUACGCCAUCUCCUCGGCCGGACUAACCCACGCCAUUGCCAAGGCCUGCAGCCAAGGCAUCAUGGAGCGGUGCUCUUGCGACACCAGUUACUACUCUGAGGAGGACAACCGGGAAGCAUGGAAGUGGGGCGGCUGUGGUGAUAACCUCAAGUACAGUCAACGCUUCGUGGAUCGGUUCCUCAUGCCCAAGAAAGGCGGUCAGCCUCAGAUCCGAGACGUGAGGGCCCAGGUGGACAGGCACAACACGCACUUGGGGAUCAGGGUGGUGGAAGGGAGCGCGAGGAAAGUGUGUAAAUGUCACGGGGUGUCGGGAUCCUGCACGUCCGAGACGUGUUGGCACCAGCUGGGCCGACUGCAGGAGACAAGCAAACUCCUGAAGAACAAAUACGACCGCGCGGUCAAGGUGGAGCUGGCCAAUACGGCGCAUGGCGAGUACGAACUGGUCAGGCACGUCAAGAAGAGACGCAAACCGUCCAGAGCCACUGUCCUCCCCGCGACCGUCCAGGGCGAUUCAACCGACGGUGGAGCGAAACAGCCGGGACCAAGGAAAACCGACCUAGUGUACAUUGACCGGUCGCCCAACUUCUGCGACGCCAGCCCGUACUCGCCGGGCACUCGGAGCCGGCAAUGUGACAAGAACACCAACUGCGACAGUAUCUGCUGCGGUAGAGGCUACAACAUACGGAGCCUGCUAGUCACCAGGCGAUGUGACUGCAAGUUCCGAUGGUGCUGUGAGGUCAUCUGCAAUGAAUGCACCACCAGGGAAGAGAUCCAGCUCUGUAAAUGACUGGACGCGAAAGAUAAACUGCUCUUCUCCCCCGCAUUUUGCCCAGAACUCCUCAGCUAAUAAUUGGAUUUGCUUCAGGAACUUGCAGUGCUCUUGAAAAUGCUGCCAAAUGUUAGCCUGCAUAUCAUCGCCGAGGUCCAAUUUUUCCAGUAAAAAAGUAUCUGACACUACCAGCCAGUAAUGCACCUUGCAACUGCAAUCGUAACAAGUGAGAGCGAAGCAAACACAGUGCAUUCUGCACCUGCACUUGGACAAAACUGAGAAAUUGCCCAAGUAAACGGCCUUCUCGACACUGGGCAGUAAAGGGGCCAUAUUUAGCUUGAUCUCCGUUUUACUUUAGCGUCGCGUCCCCGGCAAUUCAGACCAGUGGUGUUUUGGGGACGAACAUUUGAUAACAGUGACCCCACGAUAUAAAAGAACAACCAUAAUAAUGGGGAAAUAAAAUCCUUAGAAAAGGCUUCCAAUCAGUUGAUCAGAUAUGUUUGUCUCGCUUUAUCAAGAGAUAUUAUGUAACUGGCCAGUGUCCUUUCUUUAGUUAUACAUACAUUUCCUCUUCGUCUGUUGUCCGAGUUGUGCUCAGCGAAGACUUGCCUUCGUAAAAAGCAUGCUCAUAAAGUUAGUCUUAUGUCAGAAACUUUGUGUAUUUGCGAUCGUGCGCCAGCCAAUGCCACAGUAGGGCGCUAUUGCAACCUAACGGACGGUGACGUCCUCCUCAAUCUCUAACAUCCUGGAUGGAAUAACGCCCUCUCUCGUUAUUAAUAAAACAGUCAGUGUUCAAGGUCAGGAGUUACGAACUAUGCACGUGAGGACUUGACGAAGAUUACAUGUUGACAAGACUAAACUUCAUGCGCUGAUAACGAUUAUAACUGCGUGACUGUUGGUGUUCAAACAUGAAAUACAAAGUUCGUUUCAUGUGCCUUUUGUGCUUGGUGUGUAGCAUUUUAUUUGACGUUACGUUUGAGGGCAAGUUGUUUCCAUGUAAUAAUGUAUGCGAGUUCGGAUCCAGAACCAACCUUUUUUGAGGGAGUGCAAAAAUGGGAAAUCUUUAUUGGGUCUGUUCUUUUGACGUUAUACAGUCGUAUUCGUCCUACAAGUGGCUGCUAAAACUAUAGUAGGCCAUCGGUAAAAAUGGGUAAUUCACAGAGUGUUAAAACUCCCAGGCUGCUACCAGAACACCAGAUAAUAAUACACGUUCCACUGAUGGAAAAUACAACCCUAUGGGAUAAACUGUCCAUAUUGAACGAAUUUGAGGUAAAAUCGAAAACCAACCAAAAGGUGGUAUUUCUGCAAACUUGGGCUGCCCGUACAAGUACAAACUUUGGAUGGGGAUAUAUUUGGGAGCUCUUUUACACUCUUUGAAGGGGAAGGGAAAAGAAAUAGCCCCCUCGCCUGUCAUUGUGUUAAAAAACGUCCACCACCCCCCCCUUUGGUGGGGACGGCCCCCCUUGAUCCGCUAAUGUAUGCAAAAGCAUUUGUUACCUGUGCGUUGUCCAUGGAUUAACAGCAAAGGAGUUUAUUGCAGUGGGGGGGGGGCAACCCAAAUGGAACGUGAAUUCCUUUGCGCAACAGGUAAAAAAAAUGGACGGCAUGUCACAACACUCGUUAUUCACAAUGCCAUCCUCCCCCGAAAGGAGAGUUCUUCGGACGCUGAACUUCCCUUGAAGGUUUCAAAUAAUAAACCGUCAGUCCCGUAUCUGUAAUUGUCUUUAUUGUGCUAUCAAAAACCAGUAACCAAAAUAUACAAGGCUUUAAUAUUCUCUAAGCUAACACACAAAAUUAUGUACUUGCUGAAGACGCUGAUUUGUGUUCGGUAGAGUUUGUACAUUAUUUCGUAAAUAAAUAAUUUAAACAUGUAAAUACAAACUUGAGUGAUACGCCAUUUUGUGUAUAUAACUGAUAUGUUUUUGUAAUAACUGCCGCAUCAUUGUACAUUUUCUGUAGCUGUACUCCCUACUUGCGUGAACUAAAAAUCAAAUAAAGCUUUCUGUUGAAUGCAUUUGGGUCCAAUUUUGUCUGUUUUUUACAUUACCAUUCCAAAAUACAUUUAAUGGCAAUUACGGCACACUGUUAUGUAUACUACAAAAUGUAUCGGUGCUUGGUACGGCUUCCCAAGCAUUUCUCUCAACCGUUUCCUCAAUGUAAAACAAACCUUUGGAA